AUGGAGCCGGCGGGGGGCGCGCCCCGGGAGAGCGCCGGGGCCGAGGCGCUGCUGGGCGAGCUGGAGGCGCGGGUGCAGGAGGUAGUGAGGGCGAGCUCGUGGUGGGAGCGCCACGGCGUGGACUGCGCCAUCCUCGCGCUCAGCCUCUUCGCUUUGCCACCCGGGUUCCUGUGCCUGCGCUCUGACAGGCCCCUGGUCUUUGCCCUGGGCAUCACCAUCCUGGGGGUGUGCCACUACACGCUGACCGUCAAGGGCAGCCACCUGGCCACUCACGGCGCCCUCACCGAGUCCAGAGGCUGGAGCAAGGUCUGGACGCUUUUCUUUGUGGAGGUAUGCACGUCCUUCACUGCGGAGUAUGCCAAGUAUGGACACGUGAAGAUGCACCAUGGCUACACCAACGUGCUGGGCCUGGGGGACUCAAGCACGUGGAGGCUGCCUUGCCUCAACCGCUACGUCUACAUGUUCCUCGCUCCUCUCUUGAUCCCCAUCAUAACCCCGCUGGUGGCUGUGGAGCGGCUGAGAGAGGUGGAGCUCAGGACGGCCCUGCGGACACUGGGCCUCAUCUCCCUGGGCCUUUAUUCUCAAUACUGGCUGCUCCUGAAUGUGUCUGGCUUCCAGAGCCCCGGCUCGGCCCUGGCCUGCAUGCUCAUCACCAGGUCCCUGCUGGCCCACCCUUAUCUCCACGUCAACAUCUUCCAGCACAUCGGGCUGCCCAUGUUCUCCCCCGACAAGAAGCCCCGACGGAUCCACAUGAUGAGCCUGGGGGUGCUUAACCUGCCCCGGCUGCCCGUGCUGGACUGGGCAUUCGGCCACUCUCUCAUCAGCUGCCACGUGGAACACCACCUCUUCCCCAGGCUCUCCGACAACAUGUGCCUGAAGGUGAAGCCUGUGGUGUCCCAGUUCCUCCACGAGAAGCAGCUGCCAUACAACGAGGACUCCUACCUGGCUCGGUUCCGGCUGUUUCUCCAACGCUACGAGGAGUUCAUGGUGCAGACUCCUCCCAUCACAGAGCUGGUGGGGCUGCAGUGAGGGGC